AUGAACAAAGAUGAAACAAAAAACGAUCAGAUGAUCAAUAGUGUCGCAGUCAGUGCAGCGUCAAAGGAAAAAGAUGAAAGAGCAUUCAAAUUUAAAGCUGCAGCUUUCCUUGCCGGCGUGACUGGUGUUUCGAUUCUUUUUGGAUUUGGUACUACUCUCGCCGCGGCCAAGAAGAAGGAUCCUCAUUUUUUCGACCAAGGUCUGACUGGCCGCAUCGAAAAACAAACGACAAAGCCAAUUUCAAGUCAAACGACUGCAGCAGUGAGAAGACGUGUUCCAGUAUCAAUCUCAUCUGUGGAGCCGGGCGCAUCCUUAGCUAUUCGAGCUCUCGGUUGGGGCACUCUUUAUGCAGUGACAGGAUGUUCUGUACUGUUCUACGGCAUCUGGAAACUUAUGGCUGUUAAUGACUUGAAAGAGUUUCGAUUGAAAGUUGGUACUUGGCUUCCGACCGUCCCACGAAACAAUCCUCAGGGUCGUACGGAAUUUUCUGGUCUCAACGAUUUAUUGCAGCACAUUAUCGACGUUGACAAGGAGAAGAAAGAGUCGUCCAACAGAAAUGAUACCAAGUGA